UGCUGUGGCGCUGCUGUCUCCGCCUUGAAUGUUUAGCGUUCCUGUGCGAGGAGCGUCCGGCCUUCUUGCGGUCGGAAACUGACGUAAAACGACCGGUUAGGCAGAGCUCGGCGUGAAUUAAAAUCUUAAAUAUAAUAAUUUCACUGGAAGUCCACGUCCGCUUUCCGAACUCGCUGCUGAUCGGAACAGACAGGAAGACGCGGCUACCCAGAGGAAGAUAGAAGCAGGCUGUAACCUGGCAUUGUUCUCGGUCUGUCUUGCACAGACAUGGCCGAUCUGCUGAAGCUGCUGCUGCGGGUGGGUGAGAAGGCUGCGAACGUGGCUCGCCUCUGCAGACAAGAGGCUCCUCUCUUUCAGCUGCUGGUGCAGGAGAAGACUGGAGAAGACAAGAACAAGAAGUUUGUGCAGGACUUCAAAACGCUCGCUGAUGUGGUGAUUCAGGAGAUGAUCCGGCAUGAUGUGAGAGUUCAGUUCCCUGAGAUGGCUGGUUUCAUUCAUGGAGAGGAGUCAAACAUGUUUGAAAAUGGGCUUGGAGAAAGUGUGACUGUAACAGUGUGCACCACAGAGGAGGAGACCGCGAAGCUAUUGGCCACCGUGUUAGACGGCGACCAGACGGCGGCGUCUCUGCUGGCUCGAGCCAUCCACCAAGACCCGGCCACCAUUGAGGUGAGCACAGACAGCCUGACGAUUCCCCUUAAACCCUCUGAGCUUGGCAUCUGGAUCGACCCCAUAGACGCCACCAGUCAGUACAUAAAAGGGCGAGAGGAGGUGCUGGAAGAGGGCCGCUUGUUCCCUUCAGGUCUUCACUGUGCGCUGGUUCUGAUCGGGGUUUACCUGCGGAGCACAGGCGAGCCAGUCAUGGGGGUGAUCAACCAGCCGUUCAACAACAAAGAUCCAGCUGACAGAGGUUGGAGAGGAAAGCAUUACUGGGGUGUGUCCUGCGGCAGCAUCAACAUCUGUUCAGAGUCCAGACCACGAAACAGAUCCGAGGGACAGCGAGGCUUGUCCGUGGUGCUGAGCUCUAGUGAGAAGCAGGGUGUGAAGGAAGCCCUGACUUCGGUGUGCGGCCCAGACAAGCUCAUAUACGCUUCUGGAGCGGGCCAUAAGAUCCUGUGCAUCAUCCAGGGCCUGGCGGAUGCUUACGUCCUGUCAGAGGGAAGCACCUUUAAGUGGGACUCCUGCGCCCCUCACGCUCUGCUCCGGGCCCUUGGAGGGGGGGUGGUGGACUUGGCUAUGUGUCUGCAGCAGUCAGACAGUGGAGCUCAGGAUCCCAGUACAGAACUGACCUAUCACCUGCCUCGCACUGAUCGAAAGGGAGCAGAGCGCUGGGCUAAUCACGGUGGCCUAGUGGCCUACAGAGACAGUUCUCAGCUCCGUAGCAUCAUUGGAGCUCUGAAAGGCAAACUGUAGGUGUAAAACCUAGAAGGGCCCACAAGGUCAAAGGGUUAAUGUUGAAUAUACUGUCAUAUUUAUCUUUUAUAUGUUUGUGGGGGAAAACGUCAACUAAUUUUUAACCAGAUUUAUAUAAAGGGGUGUGGCCAAGUCAAUAUUAGGUUAAGUGGAAGUUAUGAUGUUUUAAUGUUGAAUUAUUUUUAAAUAAUAAAAAGUGUGCUAUAACUCUUAAAGGCUCAUAAACAGUCAGGUUUGCAGUAUUAUUCCCAAAAGAAACAAUAUUUUAAAGUUCAAGAUUAUAUUAUUUUGUGUUCAUGAAUGAAGUUAUUAUUAAUGUCCUAAAAAGACAUAUGUAUUUUGGAUAAAAAGAAUUAUCAAUAAUGAAAUUAAAUGAAUUUACUCACAGAAAAAUGUGAGCCUUUCA